GUCCUAUUUCAGCUCCCCACAACACACCUCACAUGCCUGGUUUGCUUUUCAGAGCUCAGCUGAACUCUUCAACAUCCGUGACGUAAUAUAUUUCACAAGGUAGGAUCGGGGAAAGAGUUGCACCUGCUCCUGGGGGGAGAAGCACGCCGCAAGAUAAGAACAAUAAUAGUGCAAUACCAUCGCAACCGUCUCUUCGCAAUUUUGCAUCCACAAUGUAUAAACCACUAUCCUGUGGUAAGAUGUCUAAAACAGACGACUUGAUCAACUGUCAAGUGGUACACAGCGAGAUCGUCACUCUCAUCGCUCUGCAGUAUGCGAACAUUCUGGUGAACUCCCAUCCUCAAAUAGCACAAGGGGUCCAGAAUCACAGCUACUUUCGCACCAAUCCCACGUCCAGAAUUUACUACAGUUUACUAUAUAUCCAAGGCGUGUGCGGAACACCAGAAGAGAGAAACUGUGUGAGCAGAAUAGUCAACAAGGCCCACCGCGGAGUGAGAGGACGAAACUACAAUGCAAUGGAGCCCAAGCAGCAGCUCUGGGUUGCUAGUUGCUUUUUCAUCGCAACAUUGACCGUGCAGGAGACCUUCUUCGGGCUGCUGGAUGAGCAGUCGACAGAGGCCCUCUACCAAGAUGCAUCCCGAUUUGGCACAUCCCUGCAGAUGCCUCUGGAAAUGUGGCCAGAAAGCAUCCACAAAUUCUGGGAGUAUUGGAACCAUGAGAUUCGCCAUUUUGAAGCGACGCCUGCAGUAUUCAGCGUGGCUCGUGAUGUUCUCUAUCCUCACAACCUACCCUUCUGGAUAUGGGUUGCCUCGCCUAUUCUGCGCAUCUUUACGAUCCAUUGGCUCCCCGAGGCGUAUCGAGCGCGGUACGGGCUUCGUACUACAUGGGUUACAUCUUUGGUCUAUGGUACCUGUGUGUUUAUCUUGCGGUGGGUAUAUCCACUGCUGCCGGAGUUCUUGAGGCAUUGUCAUGUUUACUAUUUGAAGAGAGAGUUACGGAGAUAUGUAAAAUAGAAUUUCAUUCCUCCCCUGUCUGGUCUCUGCGUUGAUGGGUUCAUGUCCGCGAGAGUGUCACUUAUUUCUGUAUUUGAGAAUGCAAGGAUACUUUCC